AUGACUGCAGGUGUGGUCCUGCCGAAUCUAAAGUACGAUGCGAUUGUACUUACCCACAAGACCGCAAUUCCACCGCUGCCCACACCGGAUACGCUUUACGAUGACAUGGUCGACGACUGUCGCAAUAUCAUGAGAACGAUAGAAACGCUUGAUGAACUCCGUAGUGAUAUCGAGUAUUUCUAUAAUAGUAAUUUGCGAUAUGGCGAAUUGGAACGCGAGGCGCAAAUACUGGAGCUCAAGGCAGAAAUCUGCAAGCUUAAGCUCCAGUCUUUGCGCCAGCACUUACGUUUGUUGUUCUCGGUAGUUCCUAUCCUAAUUGCGACAAAAACGAUGUCAGCACUAGCAUGGAGAGCGAAAAUGCAGGAGCCCCAAAGUUAUGUAAGGCGAGAUGAACAAGAAAAAGAACUGCUGACGACCCAGAAAGACAUUGAGAUUAUUGUGAACGAUCAGCUGCAAGGGAUGAACGAAUUUUUCACUGCGAUUUGCGAAAUCCGUUCCAGCUGUCUCAAUAUGGAGCGUGGCCAGAAGGAAAGCCUCAAUGUCCGUAUUCUGGAAACGGUGCAGUUCAUCAGCGCCACCGUAGCGGACAUAAAGGAACAAAUGGAGCGGUUCGACACUAGGGGACAACUUUUCGCAGACGGUGGAAAGUUGCCAGAUGGCAACCAACGAGAAGGAUGGGAAAGUUCAGAACAGGCGAAAAUUGCGAGUAAUGCCGAGUAUAUGGAAGCGGUGGAGAUGGAAUACGAAAAGGCGAGAGAGGACCCGAAGGAAGCCGCGAUUCGAGCAGAGAUCAAAUCGCUAGAAACAGAACUCACCAACGUCCAGAAGCGCCUUCGAGAACUUGCGAGGAAGCGAACUUGUAGGCAGCGAGAAGCUGCACUGCGUGGGUGGCUUUCAGUGCGUGAAGUACCGGAUACCCUGUUUCCAUUGCAAAGAAAGAGGGCAUCACUCGGCCACAUGCGAACUACCGGAAACUUCAGUGCAGACGAGAGUGGAGAAGCUGCAGUGCGAGUUGGCGAUUGA